CGCUUUGAGAAUACAGUAUUUUCCAGACUGACAUUUCAUGACGUUUCGAGCCGCUGUGAGGAUAGUGGGAUACAUUAUCAAUCAACCGAGAAAACAACUCCGUUUUUCUGUCAAAUAGUUAUCUGAUCCAAACAGGUCGUCUUGUGGACGCAGAUUUAUACGCAGGAUGGGGAGCACCGAGAGUUCAACCAGAAAAGUGUCUUUCGCGCUUGAUGAGGAGGACAAUGUCCGGGUCCUGCGUGGAGUUAAGCUCUCAGAAGACGUCCUCCAGAGGAUGAGGGGGGGCAUGAGGGAGCCCAACUUCAGACCACCCUCCCCUGACAGCCACAGGGAGGAGCCUGGUCCAAAACUUGUGACCCCUGAUCUGCCACAACCUUCUCCGCCAGCACAUCCCACUGAACCUCCCCGACCCUCUGAACCUCCUCGACCCUCUGAACCUCCCCGACCCUCUGAACCUCCCCGACCCUCUGUAGCUGAGAUGCAGGAGGAACUACGUAAGAGGUAUGAGCGGGAGCAGGCCGUUAUGCGGGAGGAGCUGUCACGGAUCACACGGCAGGAGAGAAAGGCUGCUCGGGAGGAGCUGAGCGUGGCACUGCGGCGGGAACGGGCGAACACACACACUGAGACAGAGAGAGCCCUGAACCUGCCUGCCGAGCUGGACCAAUGGGGGAAGCAACUACAGAGGAAAGAGGUGGAGCUUCAGAAGCAGGAAGCGUUUUAUAAGGAGAAGCUGGCCCAACUGGAGCAGAAGAACCUGGAAUACUACAAACAGGCACGGGAGCAGUUCAGAGAGGCAGCCAGCCGGACAGAGGAGCAUGUGAGGCCGCGCAUCACGGAGCCUGUGUGCACCCCACUGCAGCAGCAGAUCUGGCAGUGCUACCGCCAAAACCGCCACCAGACGCUGCACUGCUCCGACCUGGCCCGGGAGUACAUGCAGUGCGUCAACGCUGCCAAGAAGAGUGUGCUGGUGAAUCAUGGCUGAGGCACUGUCCCGGCGCUCUACGACCGAGACCGCGACCGCAACACAACCGCAGCCGCCACGGUCGGCGUUUCCAACCAGCUCUGCUGCGCGGGGAGGAGCUCGGCCUCAGCAUGCCUUCUCUAUGUGGUUUUAGCGUAUUUAAUCCUGCUUCAUUUUUACCAGCUGCACUACAGGGCGCCCGGCGCGGUCAGAGCAGUCUGUCCCAAAGCAGGGCGGGGGCGAUGGAACGCUGGUCCAUCUCCAUCCCGGAAAGCCCCCCCCCCAAAAAAAAAUCAGGGACGUGCGGUCAGGGGUUCGACAUGGUAGGCGUAGUCUGCCUCGAGAAAAAUCCUCGAAAACACUAUCAAUUUCAUAUGAAUGUUCCGAAACUAUUAUUUCCACCACGCACUUCCUGCGGAGUGUAAACAUUCCUUGGCUAUAGAAACCAAGUGGACCGGAAGGCGCUGAGUCGGCCCCACAGUCGGCCCUGGGCUGAGUCAGUGAUGCUGGUUACCUUCCCUGGCCCUGGCCCCCCUGACUGCACGUUCCUGAGUGCUCUUGCUGCGAGACUGUGCUGUGUUAUAGCUGCGAGACUGUGCUGUAAUCAUAAUUGCAAUAAAGCGCUGUGUACAGGCCUCUUUGA